GCCCCCGGAAGACGUGGGGGUGCCCCGGAGGGCAGGCCAUGAACGACCUAGAUUUCCAGGAUGUGGUGCUAGAGGAGCUGCCCCACGCCCAGGGCCCCCCGGUGCAGUUUGAGCUCAACGGGCGCGUCUGGCAGGUGCCUGCUGCCCAGGUGGAUGGGGAAGAUUUCGUUGGCGUGCGCUCGGACUAUCACUGUGGUGUUUGGAGGGUGCCAGGCAGGACAGGGGUGGCCCCCACACCACUGCAGGUUAUCCGCACCGACAUGCCUGCCUCCUGUCUCACUGUCAGCCCUCACCUCCCCGGAGAGCUGGCAGUCUGCACUCAGAGCGGAGCCGUCUACCUCUGGAACGUCGAGGCAGGGCUUCAGCGGCUCUGCCAUGACCCCCAGACCAUGUUUUUUCGGGACCAUUCGCCCUGGCGCUGGAGCAAUUUCACUGCCCACCCGCGGGUGUUGAGCUGUGCUGACCGCACCGGCCUGCGGUGCCUGGAUGGCCGGGCCCCCGAGAGAUGCCACUUUGACUUGUUCAAGGUGGGUGAGGAAGCUGGUUGCCAGCAGGGCGAGCGUGUGGUGCUGCCAAUGUACCUGGGCAGGGCUCAUCCCUCCCAGCACCUCGUCACCACGCAGUUUUCAGUGUACGUGCUGGACGAACGGUUGCCUCUGGUGCCCAUGCUGAAGUGGCCGCACAUGAUGAAGGCCCCCCCUCUCUUUGCCCACCUGUCACCAGGUGGCCCUGGAAGGAGCCAUAAGGUGCUGCUUGGCGCAUCCUGCACCCAGGAGCUGUUGCUGCUGCAAUACUGGGGGGGCAGCCAGUCAGCCUGCCAGCUGAUAGGGCCUCCAGAGAAACUACAUAGUGUCACUGGCUUCCUGCAGCACCUGCCCACCCAGCUCCCACACUGCCACCACCUGCUCUGGCAGAACCUCGGCACCUCGUCUGCUGGGCUGGCUGCCGCACUGCAGGAAGAUGGGCCGCGGGAGUCCCUGAUGGUUUUCCAGCUCUCCGAGGCCGGGGAUGUCUUCUGCCAGAGGCUGAGCCACAAGACAGCACAGCCCCCUGCGCCCACAGUGGGGGACGAGGCCAUGGCAGCCCCCGGCUCUUCCCCUCUCUUUGAAGAGUGGGAGGAGCAGGAGGAAGAACAAAUUUUCUAUUUGUCCAACCUUGAGGUGAUUAUCGAUGAGGAGGAACAGGUAGAGAAGGUGGCGGUCGAGGAGGAGGAGGUUGAGGAGGAGGUCGAGGAAGUGGUGGUCGAGGAGGAGGAGGUUGAGGAGGAGGAGGUCAAGGAAGUGGCGGUCGAGGAAGUGGCGGUCGAGGAGGAGGAGCACAACCGAGCAGAUUCCUACAACGACUAUAUCACCACAUAA